ACUUCCUCUAAAUCCAGACCGUGACGUCAGCUUCCCAGAAUGCCUGGCUUCCAACAGUCCAGGCCCAGCUGCACGCUUGGCACAAAACUUGUCGCAAAAUGUCGAUCAUGAGGCGAAAUGGAGCCCGGGGAUCUGGCUGAACCGAGGAAGUGUGGGUCUGGAAGGAUGCUGUCUCUCGGCUGUGACCUGCUUCCUGGACAUGUGAAGAAACUCCUGACCUCUGGAUCCGUUCUGUGGAGCAAACGUAGAAUCCGGCCGAUUCUCUCGAGGUUCUCGUCUCUUCGGCUCCUCAGGAGCAGCUGCAGUUGAUUCCUCAGAAACUGUGGGGUUCUAGUAAGACUAGAGGAACCUCCGACUCUUGCUCCCAGGAUUCCAUCCUUCUGUCAUCCAGCAGUUUCCAAACAUUUUGUACCAGAGGUUCUGCGUUCUGGUGGUCUGUUCUCCCCAUGAGUGCUGGCCGUGUGCGCUUGGGCUGUUGCCUGGAGUUGCUCUGCAGCUACGUAGCGGUCUUCUCCGUAGCUGUUAGGCCAUGUUCCACCAGCAGAACCCCUUGAAGGGCCAGCUGGAUAACAGCCUUUCCACCAACAAAGAGUUCUUCUUCUGCCACAGCUGUGGAAAGCAGUACAACACGCAGAUCGGCUACAGGCGCCACCUGGUGGCCUUCCACGGAGCCUCGGCGGGAAAGCCCUGCCCGGAGGACUUCCCCGACCUUCUAGAAAAUGUGAACAGCCUCAGCGACAUGCCUCCAACGCCAGAAGGCGGCAUCACCGUGCCUGUGAGGGAGCGAAAGUACUCCUGCGAGCGAUGUGAACGGCGCUUUUACACCCGUAAGGAUGUGCGGCGGCACGCCGUGGUUCACACCGGACGGCGGGACUUCCUGUGUCCUCGCUGCACUCAGCGCUUCGGUCGCAGAGACCACCUGACCCGCCACCUUAAGAAAAGCCACGCUCAGGAGUCGGGCUUGAUGACCCCGUGCCCCCCGGACCCGCCGCCGGCGGUCAAAGAGGAGUCCGGCGACGGGGGGGCCGUCUCUAAGGAUUCGAUGGAGGUUUUUCCGUCGUACCCUCUGGUCAGUCACGCCCACAUGCAGGGCUCCCUGCCGUCUGGCAUGGGGGUGGGGCCCUCUCAGGUGCAGCAGCAGCUGCAGCCCCCCUCGGCCCCCCAGCAGCAGUCGGUCAGCAACAUUUCCAGAUACCAGCACGGCUUCACCUCUUACCCGCGCUCCGACAUGGACAGCUUCCUGCUGGACCUGCAGAGCGCCCCCCCACCUCAACUGAAUGCUGUCAACUCCUCUACCUCCACCUCCCCUCAGCGGGACGCUCUGGUCGGCGUGACUGCAGGUGGCGACACCCACCUGAUGCCCUGUAGCCCCUCCCUCUCCACGGCCGAGCUGCCCUGCAGCAGCAACAUGGAGCUGGGGCCUCUGCUGGGCUUCCUGCCCUUCAGCCUGCCGCCGUACAGCCCCCACAUGGGAAUGGGGGGCUUGGUGAUGGGCUACCCGCCCGCUGCCACCACCUCCAGCUCCUCCUCCUCCUCCUCCACCUCCACCGUGCUGUCGGGCCAGGCUCCGGGAACGUUUUCCUUCUUCCAGCCCCCGCAGGCCCACGUGCCCCAGGGCCCCGCGGUCCACGGCCACAGCCAGCUACCUCAGCCCUCCAGCUGCCUCUCUCACUACUACCAGGCCUUCCAGCAGUGAUCGCGACGGGAACGGCGUCUCCACUGGAAACCAGUCACCUCAUGAUUAAUACCUCAUAAUUUAAAGUGGGUGGUGUUUCUGUGUCUUGAAACUGAGGCUGGUUUCAUUUUUAUGUUUUUAUUCUUUGCUGUAAUACUAAAACAUUAACAGUUUAACUGAGUUAAAGUGAUUGGAGAUGUGAUGCCGGUGAGAAUGGAUAGACGUUCUUUCACAGUAUAACCCCAGUAUUUUAUAUCUAGCUUUGCUAAUCUCCUUUUUAUUUGCUUUUUAGUGAAUACAAUUCAAGUCCAAGUAAACCAGAAAUAAAUUGGCCUCUAAAAUGGUUAAAACUGAA